AUGAUGUUAUUACUUUUAAUUUGUUUGUGUUUAACGGCUUGUACUGCCUCAUUCGGUAACAACGACUUAUCUGCUGGUACAAGUGACUGUGGAGAAUUAGGAGACUGUAUUUCAGAAAACAUUGGUUGUAAUAACACCGUUGGUUCGUUCUAUAACGAAACAACUCACGAUUGUGUAAUUAACAUCAAGAUGCUCUUAAAGACACUGACAGCAAAAUAUGAUACGCAAGAAAAAAUCCAUUCAGAAGUUCAAAGAGUUUUUCAAGGUGUAAUAAUAUCGGUAAUUUUGUUUGUAUCCUGUGUAAGUGUAUGUUUUAUAGGGGUUUGCAUUUUUUGCUGUCGUAUACAUUAUGUUGAUAACCGACUGAAGAAAGAUGUAAAUGCCUUAGCAGUCAAGCUGAACCGCGAUUGUAAUUCCAAAAGACCAAGAGUAAAAACACCAUUAAACCCCUUGUCAGAAAGUUGCAAUGUUGUGGUUCAAGAUGCCGGUGUUUAUGUAGUUUAA